AUGCUUUGGCUCUCUCAACUGGUCUUUCUCGUUUUACACUUUCACGGCCCUUUGGCUGACGCCAUCUUCAAUCUUUUUUUUGUUUAAGUGUCAAUUUUAUGGAAUUAUAUGUUAUAUAGUGGAUAUCAUAAAAACGUUAUGAGUGUGAUCAGUGAGUGUAAUGAACGAACAUCGAACGGCCGAUCGUCUAAAUUGAAAUGAUAGAAUGAUCGCGAUAUGAGUUUGCGUCGUAGAUCUAGUCUUCAACCAUCCCUGAAAGGUUGUGAACCAGAAAGGAGUCAUUAGCAGUCCAAGUGUCCAUGUAAAAGUCAUUCACUUGAAUUCUUCCCCUUUGAAGUAUUGUUGGUUAGUUUAUGUGUUGUUUGAUACAUGUGUUUUCUUUUUUAUUUUUCUGUUGCACUUUCGCAAACACAUUGUUAAAACGAAAAAAGUCGAGUCCGUUUAUUGGUUAUGUUUCUUGUAAUCGCCGUAAAUCGCACGCUUCUGUAGCACGUUCCGAGUAGUGAGAAAUUGAAAAUAUAAAGUAGUGUGUGUACGUAGAAAUAAAAUGCACAAGUUAAGAUUACCUGUCAAGGUUGAAUUGCUGCCCAGUGCUUUAACAAGGAUGGUAUUGGACCCCAAGGUCACGAGUCUGCAUAGUGAUUACGGAAGCUUCGAUCGACCAUUGGGCGCCGGAGAGGGCCACGAGAGGGACGUCGAGGCGGCGGUUGAUGGAAGUAGCAACGGUAUGGCACAGUCGAGCGACGUUUAUCAACGGCAGCCGUUAUUACCUGGUGCACCGACCAAGGGUAAGGAUAAGUGGUCCGGCGUGGCAUCCGGCUCCGACUAUUACGUGGACGACGAGGACGAGAAGAUCGACAGUCUUGGCCGGCAUCCUGGCAUACCAAAUGGCUCCGGGAAUGGUGUCGUUAAACUCGACAUACCUGCGCCACUUCGAGAAGAACCUCGUUUUCCUAAAGAGAAAUGGAAAACGUUCCUUGCAUUUCUAUUCAUGGUCGUGAACUUCAUAUUAACCACCGCGUCCCUCGCAAUGGUGCACGAACGGGUUCCGGAUCGAAAUACAUACGGACCGCUGCCGGAUGUAGUGUUAGACAAUAUUGCCGCUCAGGAUUGGGCCCUUAACGUGUCGGAAGUUUUGAUUAUGAUAUUGUCCAAUUCAGCGAUGGUUUUUAUUAUUUUUCAUAAACAUAGGUUUAUCGUUGUUAGACGAAUUUUUCUUUUGAUGGGAUUGCUGUACAUGAUGAGAAGUAUCACGAUGUACGUGACAGUACUGCCUGUUGCCAGUAAAACGUAUUACUGCAGCCCAAAAGCAAACAAUACCAGUCCUUUACUCGUUACAAAAAGGGUUUUGCAACUCAUUUCUGGCUUUGGCUUGUCUAUAAACGGCAAGCAUACUUAUUGUGGAGAUUACAUUUACAGCGGUCAUACAGUCGUGCUUGUACUUAGUUACCUGAUUAUCAAAGAAUAUUCUCCGAGAAGAUGUCAACCAAUACAUUGGCUAGCGGGCAUUAUUGUUCUUAUUGGGGUAAUUAUGGUCUUGGUAGCUCAUGGACAUUAUACCGUAGAUGUCCUUAUAGCAUACUAUGUAACUACACGCUUAUGGUAUAUUUAUCAUACGUUAGCUAAUAAUUCGCAUCUUAAGCAAUACGAACCAAACAACUUUUUGGCCCGACUCUGGUGGUUUCCUAUCUUUAAAUAUUUUGAGAAAAACGUGGGCGGCACGGUGCCACGACAAUACGACUGGCCUUUACCCUGGCCUCGACGAUUCCUUGCCAAGCACCCUAAUCGGGACAGUUAAUGUCUGUCUCUGAUUUCAUGAUAGAGGCUGUCAAACAACGGAGUUACUUUGUUGUAAUAUUAUGUAUAUAUAUAAACAUAUAUGUAUACGUACCUAGGCAUAUAAAAAAAAAAUGUGAAGAUAAAGCUUUACUAGAAAGUGGUGCGAGAGAUCUGUGUGCAAGUUUUCGUCAUUAUUGAUGAGUAAAUUCAAUUUCGAGAUGUAAACUUGCGGUGUUCACUUCUUUAAGAAAGAAAAGAAAAGAAAAGAAAAGAAAAGAAAAGAAAAAGACAAUUGUAACAACUGCAUAACGAAAACUAUGAUAAAAAACAUGAACGAUAGUGAAAACAAAUGCUUGUAACGUCAUGUUCGUUAUCGUCCAAUCGCGAAACCUAUUUUUUUCUUGAUUUUGAUACGACUUAUACAUACAAUGUAAGAGGCUAGAUAAAUGAUAGAUCGAGAUAUUUAGUCUCACAAUGAAUUCAUGUAGAGAUGGAGGUAUUCGAAAGUUACCAACAAAGUAGUGUAUAAAAUAAAAUGCUAGAUAUCUCUAUUUUCAGAUACUCCAAAUGUGAAAUACUUAGAUGUAAAAAAAAAGAAAGAAAAAAAAAAAAAGAAAAAAAAAAAAAGAAAAGGAAGAAGGGAAUUAUGCUACCGUACCGUAAUUCGGUUAAGUGUAGUAAUGCAAAAACUGUCUUGUUGAACGUAGCAUUAACAAGCAAGAGGCGAAUUUUUUUGUAAUCUUUUUCAUUUGAACAACGAUACGUACGUUUGGAAAAUUAAAAAUGAAAAAAAAAGAAAAAGGGUGUUGCUUCGAUAAAAAUAAGGUAAAAAAAAAAAAAAAAAAAAAAAAGUAAAUAAAAAAAAUAGUGAAUUUUUGAUUGCCGCGAGACUUUUCCUCCGAUUAAUCUGUUCGAAAUACGUUCUAAUCUUUCAACUUCCAAAUAACCAAAACGAUGUUCUUUAUAUUUGCUACACGGCGGUAUGCCUUAUUCCGAUGAAAGUCAAUCGAAUCGCAAUUUUCGAAUUGUUAAAUCGGUCAAUUAUUAUUGUUCGUUUUCUACUUUAUUAAUUUCUCGUGUCAAUUUUCCCUCGAAAUUGGAGCCUUUUUUUUAAAUGAAUAUUUUUUAUCGCAGAAGCAGAUUUAGUGAAAGAUUGGCAUAGUUUUAAAAUUCAACCAAUGAUCGUGCAAUUUCGUGGGACCAAAUACAAAGAGUAGUCGGAAAAUGUACUACUUUUCGAGUAGCGAUCGUGAGUAAUUUUUUUCGUGAUGACAAUAGAAUACUCGUAUAGCCAUAUAUUAUUAAAAAAGCUCUCAAAUGUUCAGGUUUUUGCUCUAUUUUCUAGAUCAUGAUUUUAAGCGUCUUUAUUCGGCGCUUUGGCAUCACAAUGUGUUCUCUUCGAUUGAUGAAAUUUAUCUGCGAUCACACGAUUGAGAAACCAAGCGAUAAUUACGUGUGCAUGUACAAUGAAAUUCGUAAUUCCUCGGAAUAAGGUCGUCUUUACAAUCUACACAUACCAGAUGUUGUCACGUACGCGUGAAUGAUAUUAAUGAUCAUUUAAGAAAAAAAAAAAAAAAAAAAAAAAAAAAAACUCGCGUUGACGCUAAUAAAGCCUCGAAAGAAAAUCUUAUAAAAUAAAAUCUUUCAAAGAAUGUUCUCUAAUAGUUCAUUUUUUGCACGAUUUUAUUUUGUUCUUCUAUCAUCUUGUAAAUUCGCAUAGUAAUUUCUUAUGAUUCUUGCUCUUGAUCUAUUCGUCGGGGCAAUUUUUAAUUUCAUUGUAAUAUUUCUUCAAGGUAAAUAGCACAAAGAACAUAGAAUCUUAACAAUGAAAGGGUGUAAAAGAAGGAUGUUUUAUAUAAAUUCUCAAUUAUUCAAAAAAGAUUGAGAAAUGAUUUGAAAGAUGAAAGGAAAAGAUAUUGGAAAUUAUUUUUUCGUUGCGAUAGAAAGCGUUAAGCUUACAAAGUCUGUGAAUAGUUUAAGUAAUAUUGCCGGCGAUUUGUUGUCUUAUGCACAUACGAUUUAUUGUUAAUACUCCUCGUGUAUAAUCCUCGUUAAUCGUUAUACGAGAUGUUUACAUUCGAAUAAUGGAUGUUCGUUUUGGAGUGGAUGCAAAUAUAACGAUAUAUACGGUCGAUGAUCCUAUUUUAAAGAUCUUUUUUUUUUUCGACAUGCGCGCGGUCGAACGAAUUUGACGACGCAAGAAGAAAAAAAAGAGACAUUCGCGACCAAGCGAAAAAAAGAAUGGUCGCAGCGGGAAUAAAUUGAAUGAAAUUUUGUUGGCUCUUAUUACUACGUGUAAUUAAGUCUCUUUCCGUCUGUGAUGAUAAUGAAAAAAAAAAGAAAAAAAAAAAAAAAAAAAAAAAAAAAACAGAUUCGUCGUCGUGAAUUCUUGAUCGUGGAACGAAAUUAAAAUUCGUGAAACGAUUCAUAUGACGUAUCCAUUACGGUUAUUAAUAUUUGUUCUUAACUCUCUAUGGUCUGCUUCCUUUAUUUAAAUUAAGCAUAUAAAAUAUUUUGAUUCACUUCCAAUUGUUAACAACAUUGUAACAAUCAUUCUUGGAAAAAAUCGAUUUGAUUGACAAAUCUGGUGUUUUUUUUAAAGAUUAAAUGAAAGAUAACAUAGAUUAAACCAUAGAGAGUUAAAAGGCUCGUAUAGAAGGCGUGUAUUGAAAUACGCGUAUAUAUUUUAAUAAGAUUAAAUGUGGUUCGUAGCGAUAUUUUUAAGUGACGCAAUAUUCGAUGGUUUUUUAUUUAGCAAAAACAACAACAACAGCAAAGAAAAAGAGAUAUAUAUACAUAUCUAUUUUUUGAACGCAUGCAAAGAUAUAUAUACGAGCCAUUGAAUCGAUUCGUAACAUGGAGACCACGUGGCGUGUAAUUAUUGUGAGAAAUCGCAAAUACCGAUUAUCGCACGUGCGACUGUGUCUAUAUGCACAUAUAUGUUUGCAAAAUAUUUUGUCGUUGUUCUUUUUUGGGCGGACAUGUUUAAAAACUGGUGUAUAGAUGAUAUACGAAAGAAGCUUGCAUAGAUCAAUACUGUGGAUUUAGAGAAUUACCAUUGAAAUUGUUUAGAGGAAACGAUGUCAGUCCAAGUUAGAACAGUAAAGUAACAGCGUCACGAUCUGCCAGAAUGAUAUUAUUAAACGCGAUCGAAUCAGCCAAAAAAAAAAAAAAAAAAAAAAAAAAAAAAA